AUGUCCAUUUCUCUUUCUGAGCUAGAGACGCAGUUUUCUAUUGCAACCAACUCCAUCCAUGUCGACGAUCGAUAUGCCGGGCCCGAGUUGGCGCCCGCGAUGCAUCCAACUACCACCUUCCGAUACCCUUAUAACCCCGACGAACUAGAGCCCCAACAGGCUCUGUCGAAAACAAAGCAUGUUUAUGCAAGACUCGCACGACCGACCAGUUCGCGACUGGAGCUUGUCCUGUCAACGAUUCUGAAAGGAGAAUGUUUGACGUAUGCAACAGGACUUGCCGCCAUUCACGCCUAUCUUACCUGCCUUACUCCGAAGAAAGUCGCCAUCACCGGUGGUUAUCAUGGCGCACACGAUGUGCUCCAGAUUCACGAGCGGUUGGCAGGAGUCAAAAAGGUCGGAUUACACGAAACAGACCAACUCGAGAAAGGAGAUGUGAUCCACCUUGAAACGCCUCUCAAUCCAACCGGCGAGGCACGCAAUAUUGUUGCGUAUUCCAAAAUCGCCAAAGAAAAGGGACUGUACCUCGUGGUUGAUUCUACAUUUGGGCCACCAUCUUUGCAAGAACCAUUUCUCUGGGGCGCCGACUUGGUGAUUCACAGCGGAACCAAGUAUAUUGGCGGCCACAGUGAUAUCAUGUGUGGUAUUAUCAGCACAUCUCCAGAGCGACCAGAGCUCUUCAUGGGUCUUUGGGAGGAUCGUUGCGCGCUCGGCAACGUCAUGGGUGGAUUCGAGUCCUGGCUCGGUCUUCGCAGUUUGCGGACACUUGACAUUCGUUGUGUCCGACAAAGUCAGAAUUGCACAGCACUCGUGACGUGGUUGUCUGAGAUGAUCAAGUCUCCGACGCCAAAUGAGGUCAAUGCCACAGUUGAAAGCCUCAAACAUGCCAGUCUGCAAAAGAGCGAUAUGGACUGGCUUUUAAAGCAGAUGCCAAAUGGCUUUGGGCCUGUUUUCAUGAUGGUCAUGAAGGAUCCCCACCAGGCCCGGCGGUUGCCAAGCAAGUUGCGUGUCUUCCAACAUGCGACGAGUCUCGGCGGCGUGGAGAGCUUGAUUGAAUGGCGGAAGAUGACCGAUCCCACGGCUGGAGAGAACAUCAUGCGGGUUAGUGUGGGCAUUGAGACCUUCGAAGACCUGCAGAGAGAUCUGCUGAAUGGUUUGCGGGCUUUGGUUGAGGAAAGUGGAAAUUAG